AUGGCCUUUGCGUAUUGGUUUGGCCUGGUAUCUGCUCUAAUCAUUCUUUUGAUUUGUUAUGUCCGUCGAAACGACAGCAUUCUGACAAGCAUCCCUUCCAGUGUUCUGGCGUUUGGCCCGAAAAGAACGACGGACCAGGAUGUUCUCGCGACUGCUGAGCGGUUGGCAAACUCUCCUUCAUUAGAAAGCAGAGAGGUACUACCUCCUAGAACCGGCAGACGGUAUAUUGUAGUUGGUGGGGGUGGCUUCCUGGGUGGUUGGAUCGUAACAAAGUUGCUCGAUCGUGGGGAGGACAUGCAUAACAUCCGUCUGAUUGAUAUUUUUCCACCGACAAACCAUCCAAUCUUGCUUGACGCGAUCCAGAAAGGCCUCCAGUUUUUGAAGGUCGAUGUCACAGACGCAGAAGCGUUGGAGGCGGCAUUCACAGCGCCAUGGUUUGAAUCAGCCAAAAACAACUCAGCAGACGCCGAGCCAGAGUUGACUGUGUUUCACACUGCCGCUAACAUUCGAUUCUACGAGCGGAAACUGGAGUUUCUGGACAGAUCGGCCAGGGUCAAUGUGGGUGGGACUGAGAAUGUAAUUCGGGCAUCUCGCACUGCAGGCGCGUCGGUGCUUGUGUAUACGUCGUCUGGCUCGGUCGGCGUAUGGAGCACCCGUCUGCUACUAUGGCCUUGGGAGAAGGAGCCGGAACAUUUUGUGCAAGUUAUCAAUGACGACGACAGUCGGCUCCCGAAACGACACGAAGAUUUUUUCUCGAAUUAUGCCGCUACCAAGAUGAAAGCUGAGAUGCUCGUACGUGCUUCCGACCGUGCAAACACUGGACCCUCCGGUUCGAAAAAGGUUAUCAGGACAGGUUGCAUUAGGCCUGGGAAUGGGGUUUUUGGACCGAGAGGCGACAUGUUAUGUGGUGCAUACCUGAAGCGUCUAACUAAUCCUAGUUGGGCGAAGACGAUUUUUUCGUCCUUCAGCUAUGUCGAAAACUGCGCUGUUGCACAUUUAUGCUACGAGGCUCGGCUUAUCGAACUACAGAACGGAGGUCGGAAUCCCGACAUUGGUGGUCAGGCCUUCUGUAUCGCGGAUCCUGGACCCAUUCCCACAUACGGGGACGCGUAUACGACGCUCGAAGUACUAUCCGAUGGAGAGUGCACGUUUCCUGUGUUGUCGGCUUCUGCGAUGUUGGCUGUGGCACACAUUAUCGAGGCAUAUGUUCGCCUGCAAUACGCUUUGGCGUCGUCGGGGUGGAUGCUAGGAAAACUUCUUCCUGUUAUCACAGGACCGAUUGUCAACCUGCAGCCUUCGGUAUUCUACCUCACGGCGGUGCAUCUAAUUUUCGACGACUCUCGUGCGCGGUUACCGCCAGAGAAGGGAGGGCUCGGUUAUACAGGGACUUGGACGACCAUCGAGGGCUUGCACAAGACUGCUAGAGAGCACAAGGAGACGGCGCUAAGAGAAGGGCCGCGGGGUAGUGGAUCAGAAGUCGAUAUUGGAUUGACAUUUUUUAGCAGGAAGAAAGCAAAUAAACAAAAAGAGGCAGUAAAAUUGAACAUCGACGUCCCAAACGUUGUCCCUGUGGAGGUCACCGCCCCUAGUUAG